GGCUGUUUUCUCAAAGAAUAUCAGGUGCACUGUAAGCUGCGGAUACCUGCUCAACUGGACAAGCUUUUAAUCAUGGAAAGGAAGCUUGUGAAGAAGGAAAUAAAAAAGCUCCUGGGAGAUUAUAUUGGCAUCAGACUACGAGAAAACGAAUUUGACCCCAAAGGAAGAAGGCAACUCACCUUUCUAGAUGACAUGGCACACUACGACCUGACCAUCAACGUUGCUUUGCAAUGGCUGGACCACUCGGAAGACUUUGCUUGGCUGGAGGGACAAGAAUUGAAAAUGCCAUUCCACAGCAGACCAAGAUAUCCAAGCCGUAAAGAACGAGAAGCUAUGAUUUUAUCCUCUUAUGCUGGAAUCCUAAUGAACAGUAUCCCAAUUGAGGAAGUCUUCAGAAUUUAUGGGGCUGAUUGUUCUGCGCAUUCUGGUACAAACAAGGUUCCGCGAGCUCCACCUCUGCGCCUCUCCUCGCACCCCUUUGCCAUGCUAACAGCACCCAAAGCAGCGGAAUACGCCCGCAAACAGAGUGUCAAGUUCAGAAGGGGAGCAAUAAGCAAGAAUGCCACAAACAGCUCCACAAAGGAACCAAAUGCCACGAAAUGGACAUCAUCAAAGAGCUUCUCAGAUGUACAACCAAAGAACCAUGUCACCUAAAUACUUGGAACUCUGCCAUGGAUCUUCACAGUGGAGUCUCCGGGAAGACAAGAAAGAUCGUCUGAGGACUGCAGCUCUUGCCAGCAGAUUUCCUUACAGUUAGCUUUUGAUCCGUUGAAGUGUUAUUUUUGAUGUUGACCUUUCUUCUUUUAGAUACAUACUGCUUGGCAACUUCUUGAUCAAAGAAAAGAAAUGCAUCGUAGGCUCCUGCAUCAUGGCUAGGAGUUUAUUGAUGAAUUCAAGAGAGUACAUUGCAUUUCUGUAUCACAACACAGGUGCUUUGUGGGUAUUUUACUAAAGUAUGGUAUUGGAUUUUGCACAGUAGUAGAAUAAGUGGGGGUUUCCCAUAGUUUUAAUUCAGAAUAAAAUAAAUCUGGGACUGGUGACCUUUACUAUACUCUCCUGUGAAUAAAAUUCAAAAUCACUUCAAUAAAACAUUAAA